AUGGAGCCGGACGUGAGCAUCGAGACCUCGUGCAUGAUCCGGAUCGCGGUGCUUCCAGUCGGUACAGUUCCGGCGAGCGUCUUGCGAGAUUACUUCUCCAUGUUUCUGCGGCACCACACGAUUCCUCUCGCCGCGAUUAGUUCUUUCUACACGGAGCACCAGAAAUCCCCUUUUGCGCACCAGCCGUGGGAUGCCGGAUCGAUUCGGUUCAAGUUCUUGCUCGGCGGAGCUCCGCCGAGCCCCUGGGAGGACUUCCAGUCCAACAGAAAGAUUCUUGCCGUAAUCGGAAUCUGUCACUGCCCUUCCACGCCGGAUCUCGAUUCAGCGGUGGAGCAGUUCACCGCGGCGUGUAAGAAUUACUCGUCGGCGCUGGUCCAGCGGUGCUUCGCAUUCUGCCCUUGCGAUUCUCAGCUCGAGGACGGCGGGAAGAAAGAGGAUGUUCUGAGGCUGUUCCCUCCUGCCGACCACCAGACGCUGGAUAUCCAUUUGCAGACGAUGAUGCAGGAAAUCGCGGCGUCGUUGCUGAUGGAUUUUGAGAAGUGGGUGCUGAAGGCGGAAUCGGCUGGAACUAUACUCAAGACGCCUUUGGAUUCUCAAGCCAGUCUCAGUUCAGAGGAGGUUUUAAAGGCGAAAAAGAGAAGACUUGGCCGUGCCCAGAAGACCAUAGGGGACUACUGUUUGUUGGCUGGAUCGCCAGUUGAUGCUAGUGCUCAUUAUUCUACUGCAUUAGAGCUAGCCAGAUUGACUGGGGAUUUCUUCUGGUAUGCUGGCGCCUUGGAGGGUAGCGUGUGUGCUCUACUGAUGGAUCGAGUGGGCCAUGUUGAUGUAGUGUUAGAAGAUGAAGUUAAGUAUCAAUACAAUAAUGUGAUAUUACAUUAUAGGAAGUCAUUUAUCCAAGACAAUGCUCAGAGAGUUUCUCCAUUAAGCUUUGAACUUGAAGCUACUUUGAAAUUAGCACGAUUUCUCUGCAGAAGCAAGCUGUCUAAGGACGUUGUGGAGUUGCUGACCAAUGCAGCAGAUGGUGGAAAGUCAUUGAUUGAUGUUAACGAUAGACUUGUUCUAUUUGUUGAAAUUGCACGGUUAUUUGGGACACUUGGUUACCAGAGGAAGGCUGCCUUUUUCUCAAGGCAGGUUGCACAAUUGUAUCUCCAACAAGACAAUAAGUUUGCUGCUACAAGUGCCAUGCAAGUUUUAGCAAUGACUACAAAAGCUUAUCGUGUUCAGAGCAAAGCAUCUGUAUCUGAUCCUCCUUGUACUAAAAAGCAGACUGGGCCAAGUCAUACUGAUAGUGGGAAAAUGCAUCAUCAUUUGAUUGUUUCAUUAUUUGAAUCACAAUGGAGCACACUGCAGAUGGUUGUGCUCAGAGAGAUACUGCUAUCUGCUGUUCGAGCUGGUGAUCCACUAACUGCAUGGAGUGCCGCUGCCCGGCUGCUGAGACAAUACUAUCCUCUAAUUACCCCUGCAGGACAGAAUGGACUUGCUAGUGCACUUAAUAAUUCUGCUGAAAGAUUGCCUUCUGGAACUCGUUCUGCUGAUCCAGCUUUGCCAUUUGUGAGGCUGCAUUCUUUUCCUCUUCAUCCAUCUCAAAUGGACAUCAUCAAGCGAAGCCCUGCUAGGGAAGAUUGGUGGGCUGGCUCUGCUCCUUCAGGACCUUUUAUCUAUACUCCAUUCAGCAAAGGGGAACCAAAUGAUAAUAGCAAGCAGGAGCUGGUUUGGAUUGUUGGAGAACCAGUCCAGGUUUUAGUUGAGCUUGCAAACCCCUGUGCCUUUGAUCUUAGGGUCGAUAGUAUGUAUCUCACAGUGCAUUCUGGAUCUUUUGAUGCUUUCCCAAUAAGCGUGGACCUUCCUCCUAACUCGUCAAAGGUCAUCACCUUAUCUGGAAUCCCGACUUCUGUGGGGCCCAUAACAAUUCCUGGAUGCACUGUUCACUGCUUUGGUGUUAUUACAGAACACCAUUUCAGGGACGUAGAUAACUUGCUCCUUGGGGCAGCACAGGGGCUUGUGCUCUCUGAUCCAUUCAGGAGCUGUGGAUCUGCAAAGUUGAGAAACAUAUCUGUGCCCAGUAUCUCUGUCGUGCCGCCACUGCCAUUGCUAGUCUCACACGUGGUUGGUGGAGAUGGUGCAAUAAUUUUGUAUGAAGGUGAGAUACGUGAUAUCUGGAUUAGCCUGGCGAAUGCAGGAACUGUUCCAGUGGAGCAAGCACAUAUUUCCCUCUCUGGAAAGAACCAAGACUCAAUCAUCUCAAUACCUUAUGAGACCUUGAAAUCUGUUCUUCCGUUGAAGCCUGGAGCAGAGGUCAUUCUACCCCUGACUUUGAAAGCCUGGCAGCUCGGGCCUAUGGAUUUCGAGAUUGGUGGUGGAAGGGCUGCAACCUCUGGAAGCACAGGAAGGCAGUUUAAGGAUGCUAGUGUUCCUACUUUGUUGAUCCAUUAUGCAGGGCCAUCAACAGAUUCAGAAGAUGCUACUAUUGCAAAAGGAUCUAGUUUGCCUCCUGGAAGACGCUUAGUUCUCCCACUGCACGUUUGCGUAUUGCCGGGUAUGUCACUCGUAAAGGCUCGUUUGCUUUCAAUGGAAAUUCCUGCACAUAUUGGAGAUGGUCAUCCUAAACCAGUGCACGAAGAGGAAGAUCCUGCCUCAGAAACAGUGGAAGAAUCUGACAGAAAGAUGGAGAAAAGAUUGGUAAAGAUCGAUCCCUACAGAGGCAGCUGGGGAUUGCGUUUCCUAGAACUGGAACUGUCUAAUCCAACCGACGUAGUGUUUGAGAUUGGAGUCUCUGUCCAGCUGGAUGGCUCUGACGAUAAUAACCUUUCCAUCGAUCAAGAUGGUAACAGUGAAUAUGGCUAUCCAAAAACUAGGAUCGACCGGGACUAUUCCGCAAGGGUUCUAAUACCGCUGGAGCAUUUCAAACUGCCUGUCCUCGAUGAUUCCUUCUUCAUGAAGGAAUUCUGCAACGAGGGUUCCACUAGCAGCAGUAGAAGUCCGAGCUUCUCCGAGAAAAACACAAAAGCUGAACUUAAUGCUUCGAUCAAAAGCCUGAUCUCAAGAAUAAAGGUGAGGUGGCAAUCGGGAAGGAACAGCUCGGGGGAACUGAAUAUUAAGGACGCCGUGUACACUGCACUUCAGACGUCAGUCAUGGAUGUCCUGCUUCCUGAUCCAUUGACAUUUGGGUUUAGGCUUACCCGGGAUAACAGUUCGCCCCAACAAGAAUCUGGCUCCAAAGAUUCCGUGUUGGCAAAUGACAUGGCCCCAAUGGAAGUUCUGGUUCGGAAUAAUACGAAAGAAAUGAUCAAGAUGAGCCUGGGGAUCUCAUGUAGGGAUGUAGCUGGUGAAAACUGCAUCGAAGGUGGAAAGUCUACUGUUCUGUGGGCUGGUGUUUUGAAUGGGAUAACAAUGGAGGUUCCGCCGCUCCAAGAAUCGAAGCAUUCGUUUUCGCUCUACUUCUUGGUGCCAGGGGAGUACACAUUGGUAGCUGCAGCAGUGAUUGAAGAUGCUAAUGACGUUCUCAGAGCUCGUGCCAAGACUGAUUCACCAGACGAGCCUAUCUAUUGUCGAGGGCCGCCUUUUCAUGUCCGCGUCCUGGGAAGGGCAUGA